AUGGCCAACGAGGCCGCGACGCCCAUGGCUUUCUCCGGGCAGGACCGCUCGUUCGGGAUGAGCGGGCAUUUUAUGAACAUCUUCCGCGAUGACAAGUGGUUGAACUGGCGCAUGGUGCCUUUUAUUCUGAUCUGGGCUGCCUUUGCGGUUGUGUUGGUGGUCUGGCUGUUCAUAUACUUUUUCGUGCCGGAGCCGCGAAGGCCCCGCCCGUCAGAGAAGACGUACACGACUGUGGAUAAGACGGGGGACGUCACGGACCCGGAGCCCCUACCCUGCUGGUACGACGACCUCCUACAACGAUCCUACAAGGCGAGACAAGAACGGCCAGAUAGCCACUUGGACAUGGAGAAGGACUUUGAGCCGGAGCCGCCGGAGGUAUUUCUCACGCUGGUCAUCCCGGCGUUCAACGAGGAGGACAGACUGUCAGGCAUGUUGGAGGAGGCUGUGAAUUUUCUGCAGACCGAGUACGGUGUGUUCCCGAACUCCUCAAGCUCGACAAAGACCAUGCAGGACAUACCCGAACAUUCUCCCGCCGGCCCGCGGCACAGGAAGCAGGCCAACGGCGCCGCCUCAAAGCCAGACUCCCGGCCGGUUUCCGGGUGGGAAAUCCUGCUCAUCGACGACGGCAGUACAGACCACACCCUACUCACCGCGCAGACGUUCGCCCGCGCACAUAUCCUCCCUCCACACCCCCGGCGGGACUCGGGCCCCUGGACGCAUCGGUCCCCGCAAGGCGUCAAGAUCCCGCCGGGUUCGAUCCGCAUGGUGUCUUUGGAAGAAAACCGCGGCAAAGGCGGGGCCGUCACGCACGGCAUGCGCCACGCGCGGGGCCAGUACGUGCUGUUCGCCGAUGCGGACGGCGCGUCCAAGUUCUCGGACCUCACCAAGCUGCUGGCGGCGUGCCGAGAUGUCGAGGACCCCUCGGGACGAGGCAUCGCCGUCGGGUCGCGCGCGCAUCUCGUGGGGUCCGAGGCCGUGGUCAAGCGCUCCCGGCUGCGCAAUUUCCUGAUGCACGCGUUCCAUUUGCUUCUGUGGCUGCUCACGCCGCCGGCGACGGCGCGCAUCAAGGACACGCAGUGCGGGUUCAAGCUGUUCUCGCGGCCCACGUUGCCGUUCAUCAUCCCGCACAUGCACAUGGAGGGGUGGAUCUUUGACGUCGAGAUGCUCAUGCUGGCAGAGAGUGCGGGCAUCCCGGUAGCGGAGGUGCAUAUCGGGUGGAGGGAAGUCGUGGGCAGUAAGUUGAAUGUGGUCAAGGAUUCGAUCGGCAUGGCGUGGGGGUUGGCCAUACUGAGGAUUUGCUGGGGGACAGGGAUUUAUCGACGGUAG